AUGCUCUCACCUGCCUCGAACCUCUCGUCAUGCACAACGCUCAAAAUUGCGAAAAAGAAAGGAAAAACAUGCAGAGCGCUGCAGAAGGCGGAGAGCCCGCACCGCCCCGGCGCGAGCGCGAGCGCGAGGCCGCGCGCCCCGCCCCGCCCCUCCCGCGCCGCGGCCGCUGCCCCCCGCGCCGGCGGCCCCGCAGCGCCCGGCCCAGCGCAGCGCCCGGCCCAGUGCAGCCGGCCGCCCAUGUGCCGCGGCCGGCCGGGAGUGACGUCAGCGCCCGCCCCGCGCGCUCAGGGGCGUUCGGAGGCGGGCCCCGCGGCUCCGCCCACUGAGGCCCCGCCCACAGGCUCCGCCCCCGCCGCGAGUGUAGCGUCGCCGCGCGCGCCGACUUUUCCCGAGCCCUGUGGUGCCGGCGGGCGGCGAACGGCGUCAGGACACCAGUCUAAAGUUUACAAUCCAAAAGUGCCCCAGCAGAAGUCAGGUUAUUCUAAAAGAAGAAAUGACCAGGCUGAUCUCAAAGCAAACUUCAGCCCAGAAGGGACCACGAAGGCUCCAUGGAGUCCGGCCCACGUGGAGCGGCCACGCGCUCACUCCCCAGUCAGCGAGGGGAGGCCGCCGCCUUCUGCGAUUCGCUCCUACUCCGCGGCGGGAGGCUCCGAGCGGCGCUCCUUUCGCCCGCCCGACUUCGGAGCGGAGCGCCCGGCAGGGACGAGAACCGGCGAAUCCUCGCAGGCGCCGGGCGCUCGCGGGCCGCGCCCGCCGCUCACGUUGGCUGCGGAGCGCCUGCUGGCUGCGCCCGGGCGGGAGGCGCCGGGGGAGCGGAGGGGAGCGGGUCACGUGACGCGGGAGUCUGACCUACUUUUCCCGCCGCCCGCGCAGGCGCACAUCCGCUCUGCGCGCCCGGGCAGUCUCACGUGGACUCGCACGUGCCGCGCUCCGGGCCGCGGGUGGGGCGGCGGGCCGGGCCCGGCGCGCGCGAGGAGGGACCGGCCCUGCGGGCCAGCUGAGCGCGAGCUGGGGGUUCCUCAGUCACCACGCCAGUGUCUACCCACGGCUCAGAGAGCUGCUGAGGUGCCCCCGCGGGCUGCCCCCGAACGUCGAAUUUAG